AUGAGGUUUACACCUAUCGUUGCUCUGGCUAUCUCGGCCUUCUGUACCAACGCCAAUCCUGUCUCUACACACUCUGCAGCUCCCUCUCAGGCUUCUACUGCUAGCACUAUCCACCAAGCUCCCAAGGCUGGAAACCACCGAUAUCCUGUACGCAACGAUAAAACCCUUGGACCGAUCGCUGUUGAAGUCGCACCAAACGGCAUUGUCGUUCCUCGUCCUGUAGGACUCGAAUCCAGACAUACCUCCAAUGUGGAGGGCUUCUCACAAACCCAACCUCUCAGCGACAAGCCAGCCAUCGAUAAUGGCAUUUCAAGCACGCCACCGCUACACCUUGGCCAUGGCCCCGCUGUAGAGCAUUCUCGCCCAAUCACUUCUUCUGGCAGAACUUCGCUUACUCCUUCUGCCAAGCCGAUAUAUAGCAAGCUCACUGGCGGUCCGCUUUUGGUUCCAUCUCCCCGACACCUGAAUUCUCGAGGUCUGCAACAUGUCAGCUCUCGAGAUUUGAAUGGCAGUUCCCGCCGCGGAAUAAGUUCUGAAAUAAGGCAAUGCUUUAACCAACUCAGACCACUACAACGUUUGACGGAGAGUCUCCUGUAUACCCAAAAGACCAAAGAGCAAACACUUAGAUAUGGGUGCUACUUUGAAUCAGUCAACACGACCUUUUAUGAUGGUACCUACAUUGAACUUAUGCGGAAGAUAUGCUGGGAGCUAUACAAAAGUAUUAGUACUGAACGACGAAGACGUUUCCGGCGCUGUAUUUACAAGACUGCCGAGAACCACCUCUCGUAUACCUCGACGGAGGAAGACACUUACAAAGUAUUCGAGCACGAGGUCGGUAAAAUCACCUACUAUGCACACUUGAUCGCCCCUGAGAGUGCCAAGGACUUGGUUGCCGAGCUUCCACAGCUCUCUUCCGAAGAUAUCAAGAAGCUCAACCUUACGGAGUACAUCGGCAAGUUCAAAGGUAUCCCUAAUCCCGGUGCCGCUACUAGCGCUUCCGCAACCCCCAAUGAAAAACCGGGUUCUCGCCUCACCAAACGUUCUUGGUUUACAGAUCUUAUGAAGUCUAUCUUCUCAUCUGAACUUGAUAAUGCUAUCAGCAACUUAGGGCAGGAUGUCGAAACUAAGGUCGCGAAAGAAGCGCAUGAACGUCAUGGCAUGGAAAAUCACGAUCCAUUCCCAAUGUCGGAUUCGAAAAGAGAGGGGAAAUCUAAUCCUGUUUAUGUUCACAGCCGAUUGAGCCCAAUCACACCAUCAAACCCAGUCGACCAGGUCGACCCCGAUAGGGACACGAGUAAGGUAUUGCUCACCGUGGAGGAUGUAGACUUGUAUCUCGACUUUAUUCGGGAUCAGAAGAAUCUGGGUUUCCGAGAAUACUAUGACCUGAGAAAAACAGUCGUUAAAGAACUUAAUCUCAGUCAUCAGUUUUUGAACUUGUUUGAUGAUAUGGAAUCGUACGAGAACAUGAUAGCAAAGGCAUACCGCACCGCUCGCAAGAGCGCAGAGGCCAAUAAUCUACACGUUCCUCGCUCUAUCUCUAUUGAAACCAGAUCCCCAUCUGGAUUGAACACCACAAGCCCGGCUCACGUUGAACCCGAAGCGUCCCUCAACACUGAAAUCCUGCCUGGGGUCGAACCUUCGAAUGUCGACGCUGCUGGUGAGCCUAUCACCGACCCCCUCAGUUUUGGUCCCAAGGGAGUCUCCCCUCGCGACAUCCCGCCCUUCGACCCAAAUUCAUUCGACUUCAACAACCAAACUGAAAAGUGCAAGGCCGCUGUAAUGUUGGCCACAUCCAAGGCAGAUGUCAUUUAUCUCCUGCACGAGAUGGAUCUUAAGCCAUCCGAAUGUCCCGAAAUGGAGGAUGUCAUUAGAGAUCCUUUCAACCCAAACAAAACACUCUCCGACUUUGACCAGCAAAAGUUAAACCUCAAUCACCACAUGGGCUACUGCAAUGAACAUUUCGACAUCUGCCCCAGCUGGCGCGCUCCCUACUGCGAAAGACUCUCUCAUCCCCACAGCAACGUAAAGCGCUCCACGAAUCGCGGCCUCCGGAGGAGCUUCAAAUACCCCUAUCACUGGGAUGUUCCAGCCUCGCUUGCUGAAGACCCCGCAUACAUCGCCCUGCGCCACGCAUGGGUCAAACUGGACAGCCAGACCAAAGCAUGGAUCGGGCUGGAGAUGCGCUCUAUCUGGCUUCUGCGCGUCUACGACGUAUGCAAGAUAUCGCUCUCGUGGACUAAAGACUUGAGUCUCGAGAGCCAGGAGAUUGAGUUGAAAUUUAAGGGCUUGACGCUUAAGAAGUGUGCCAAGGUGAGGCCCGUUGCCGAUGAUUUUAUCAACCCGAGGAUGGACCUGUAUUGGCGGAGAUUGCGGCAGGCGGAGGCUGAUGGUCAGGAAGGGUGCUUAGAGGUAGACGAAUGUUGA